AUGAGUACCGAGAAUUUGAUUGCUGAUCUCACCAAGGGAUACAAACUAGAUGGGAAGAACUAUGACAUGUGGAAUAGGAAAAUUCAGUACCUGUUCGACUUCAAAGAUCAAACGAAACUGUUAACAAAUGAGAUGGUCCGACCUCAAGAAGGUAAUUCUGUACAAGCCCGUCGUGACCUUGAAGCCUACGAAGCUUGGGUUAAGAAAGAUCGUCAUGCACGCUAUGCUAUGUUGAGUAGCAUGAAUGAUGAUCUAAUUGGAGAAUAUGAGAAUUAUCCAACAUCCAAGCAAAUGUGGGAUCAUCUAAAAUUUUAUUUUGGUGGUACGUCCACUACUAAACUUCGCAGCUUAGUGCUGAAAUUCGAGGUUUAUAGAAAAGAUCCCAAGCAUUCAGUGACUGAACAUCUUAGGAUGAUGUCGUCAAUGAUACGUGAUCUAAAAUCUUUUGGGAAUGUUCUUACUGAUGAACAACAAGUUUUAGCUGUGAUAAGGUCAUUGCCUGAUUCUUGGGUGCAUCUGAAGCAAAUUUUGACUCAUAAUGAAGGCAUCAAGCAUUUUUCUGAUAUCUCUCGACAUGUUGAGCUUGAGGUUGAGUGCCAAGAGGCGACACGUGUGGCUGCCUUGUAUGCUCAAGGUGAGCGCAAACCUCAGGAUACGGGAGCAACAAGACAUGUAGCUCGAGAUCGAGCGGGGUUCGUAAAUUAUCGACGUCUUUCACGUGGUACACUAAGAGUCUACAUAGGCAAUGGCUCAAGUGAGGAAGCUGUGGGAGUUGGUACUUAUCAAGUUCAUAUGCGCUCUGGACGCAUUUUAACACUUCAUGAUGUGCUUUAUGUACCUGGAAUUCAUCAUAAUUUAUUUUCAGUUAUUGCACUUCUUAGUUUUGGAUAUUCUUUUAAAAUCGAAGACGGUAGGUUGGACAUCAUUUAUGAUAGUAUUUUGUUUGGACAAGGUUAUUUAAGUAAUAACUUCUUUAAAUUAGAUUUCUUUAAUUCUUUCUCUUCUGAUGUUUUAGUAACUAAUGCUAGUAGUAGUGUUGUUGAUGAUUGUAUGACUUGGCAUGCUAGACUAGGCCACAUUGUCCAAGAUAGGAUGACAAGGUUAGCUCAAGAAGGCCAUCUUGGAUCACUCUCUAAAGUUUCCUUACCCGUUUGUGAACCCUGUCUAGAAGGCAAAGCUUUUUGA